AUGCCUAUGACCUCGAUUCCCCAGAUCAGCCCUGCCCGUAUACGGUCGUAUAUCCUGCGCCUGCCGUUCUGCACCAAAGUGCUAGUCGCCGCCAUUGUAGGACUAUGGGUUGCAACAAUUCCCUUCCCGUGGAUUAGGGACUUUGGCGCCCUGGAGCCGGCCAAGAUGGAUUUGACGCAGAUGCACCGACUCAAUCUGUUUCCCGUCCUACAUUGGAACUUUAUCCACAUGAUCUUCAACCUCGUCGCCGUGACGCCACUCAUCGAGCGAUUCGAGUCCGAAUACGGAACACUCGUUACAUUGGCGCUUUUCACUGGGCCUUUUGGAACGAUACCCGGGGGCGUGUACACAUUAUUGGAAAAGUAUGUACUGAGGAGUAACACCUCAGUCAUGGGCGCGAGUGUAUGGGUGUUCCUCCUUCUGUCUGCAGAAGUAAUGAAGACGCACAAGGCGAACCCGUACUUCAGCGUCGGACCAUACAAAAUCCCCACCUGGACGACGCCCCUGAUCCUCAUUGUCCUGACCAGCAUCCUCGUCCCCUACGUCAGUCUAGUCGGCCAUCUUUGCGGCGCAGGUCUCGGCUACCUCUGGGCUUCCGGAUACAUCAAGUUCCUCGUACCGCACGAGAAGAUACUGAGAUGGGUUGAGACCAAGCUGAACUUGCUUGGAAGAUUACCGCACUACGUCAGUGUCGACCAAAAGACGUACGGCCGAUACGGUGUACUGCCAACAACGAGCGUGCCGCUGAGUAAUAGAACUCCGGAUGGAGGGCAACGACUUGGGCCAUAG